UGACACUUGGGCGAGGUGUAGAAUUUGUGUCUUGUGAGCUCCAAUACAGCCGUGAAAUUUUAAAAUGAAGGGGGCCCUGUUCAACAUAGACUCCGGCUAUUUGGAGGGCCUGUGCAGGGGCUUCAAAUGCGGCAUCCUGAAACAGGGAGACUAUUUGAAUUUGGUGCAGUGUGAAACUUUGGAAGAUCUUAAGUUGCACUUGCAAGGGACAGACUAUGGUACCUUCCUGGCUAAUGAGCCUUCUCCAUUGGCUGUCUCCACAAUUGACAAUAAACUACGUGAAAAACUUGUAAUUGAAUUCCAACACAUGAGGAAUCAUGCUGUUGAGCCCCUGUCGACAUUUUUGGACUUCAUAACGUACAGCUACAUGAUUGACAACAUCAUAUUGUUGAUCACAGGCACCUUGCACCAACGUCCCAUUGGGGAGCUCAUUCCCAAGUGUCACCCACUGGGAAGUUUCGAACAAAUGGAAGCCAUACACGUCGCUUCCACCCCAGCUGAAUUAUACAAUGCUGUCCUUGUGGACACACCAUUGGCCCCAUUCUUUGUGGACUGCAUCAGUGAACAAGAUUUGGAUGAAAUGAACAUUGAAAUCAUCCGUAACACCCUCUACAAAGCGUACUUGGAAGCGUUCUAUGAGUUCUGCAAGCAAAUCGGGGGCACCACCGCCGAAGCCAUGUGCGAGAUCCUGGCUUUCGAGGCCGAUCGUCGUGCCAUCAUCAUCACAAUCAACUCCUUCGGCACGGAGCUGAGCAAAGACGACAGGGCCAAAUUGUACCCCCGUUGCGGCAAAUUGAACCCCGAUGGCUUGGCUGCCUUGGCCCGGGCCGAAGACUACGACCAGGUGAAAGCCGUAGCCGAGUACUACGCUGAAUAUUCCAAAUUGUUCGAGGGUGCUGGCAACAACCCUGGCGACAAGACCUUGGAAGAUAAGUUCUUUGAACACGAAGUCCGUCUCAACAUCAACGCCUUUAUGCAACAGUUCCACUUCGGCGUCUUCUAUUCUUACUUGAAGCUCAAGGAGCAGGAGUGCCGCAACAUUGUCUGGAUUGCCGAGUGUGUCGCACAGAAGCACAGGGCAAAAAUCGAUAAUUACAUACCUAUAUUCUAAACCCAAAUUAUCAUUCCAUUCUACUCAUUUUAAAUUAAAUGUUAUAUGUGUAGUUUUAUUUUGUUUUAAAAUAUUUUCUCAGUAUUCUUCUGAAAUUAUGAGGCACAACCGUCAGUGUUAAGGGUAAUAAUGUGUAAAAAUAUAGUGAUAAUACAUGUAUAUUAUGUUGUUUGUUGGAUGGAAAUUAUUAGCAAAUUUAUUUACACCUUUUGUCUGUACAGAUUCAAUUUUUGUUAUGUUAAUAACAUCUCUACCUACAUUAUAAUGUUGAAAUUGUAAAAUAUUAAAUAUACAUAGAUUUAGUGCGAA